UGAAGCAGCAAAUCCUCAUUUUGUUGCCUGCUGUUUCAUUUCUUGGGCUUUCCUGGGGUAAAAGAAACGAUGAAUCUCAAAAAGGAGUCAAGAAAGCUGUUUCCAUGGGUUUACUUCUUUUUCUUCUACGUUUUCCUCCUCGUCUCUGCUCGCGUUCAACCUUCGGAAGCUGCUACCAAAGACUCGCCCAAGGGACAUGUGAAGUUACAGAAUCAUCUACUUGCCUCCUCCGUCGUCUUUCCUGUCUCCGGGAACGUUUAUCCUCUUGGGUACUAUUAUGUGUUGCUUAACAUAGGAAACCCACCUAAGGUCUUUGACUUAGACAUUGACACUGGCAGUGAUCUCACCUGGGUUCAAUGUGAUGCACCCUGCAAAGGUUGCACAAAGCCACGUGAUAGUCAGUACAAACCCAAAUGCAACACUUUACCUUGUUCGCAUAUGUUGUGUUAUGGCCUAGACCUUCACCAGAGAAGACCUUGUCUCGACCCUCAGGAUCAGUGUGACUAUGAAGUUGGAUAUUCAGAUCAUGCAUCUUCUCUUGGUGCUCUCGUUACUGAUGUGUUCCCUCUGAGACUUGAAAAUGGAUCCACUACGCAUCCCCAUUUGACAUUUGGAUGUGGGUAUGAUCAGGAGAGCCCUGGUCCACACCCUGCUCCUCCAACAGCUGGUAUGCUUGGCCUUGGCAGAGGCAAAGUAAGUAUCUCAUCACAGCUUAGUUACUUGGGGAUAACCAAGAAUGUGAUUGUGCAUUGCUUAAGUCAUGACAAUGGUAAUGGCUUUCUCUCUAUCGGAGAUGAGCUUGUUCCUUCUUCUGGAGUUACGUGGACUUCUUUGGCUCUUAAGUCAACUAGUAAACACUACAUGACUGGACCAGCAGAGCUUCUCUUUAACGACAAGACCACAAGUGUCAAAGGCAUUAACUUCAUUUUCGAUAGUGGAAGCUCGUACACUUACUUCAAUGCCCAAGCAUACCAAGCGAUUCUUUCUCAUAUACGUAAAGAUUUGAAGGUUAAGGCUUUGAUGGAGACAAAAGAAGAUAAAAGCUUACCGGUCUGUUGGAAAGGCAAAGAGCCUUUGAAAUCAGUAUAUGAUGUGAAGAAAUACUUCAAGACUAUUACUUUAAGAUUUGGGAGUCAAAAGAAAGGUCAGCUGUUUCAGGUUCCACCUGAGUCAUAUCUCAUUAUCACUGAAGAAGGAAGCGUAUGUUUGGGGAUUCUAAACGGAUCUGAGAUCGGGCUCGAUAACUACAACAUCAUUGGAGACAUAUUCUUCCAAGGGAUAAUGGUAAUCUACGACAAUGAGAAGCAGAGGAUUGGAUGGAUUCCUUCAGACUGUGACAAGCUUCCCAAUGUGAACCACAACCGUAGAGGAGUUUUGUCGAAGGAGGAGGAGUAUCAAAGAGGCUUUAGUUUGAUAAGAUGGCUUUUCGCGGGAACUGAUUCUUCUAACAAGAAAGAUGGAGAGCUUUGAGGUGUUUUUUACUGGUGACAUAAAAGAUGUUUUUGGUUAUUCUGUUUCAUUGAAACAACAAAGGACAUUUAUUGUGAAUAUAUAUCUCUCGUGUAAGUCAUCAUCAGAUGUAAUAUAGAAAGGAACUCAAAGUCAUCAUCAGAUGUAAUU